AUGUCGGGAAGCCAGAGACAGACAAACGACAAUCCCUAUGCUCAGUCUGCACCUCCAACACGCCGUCCAGAUCGCCCUGGAAUGAACGCCUUGACAACCCCCGCCACUGAGCCGCCACCCGCUUAUUCGGCAACGCCGCAGGGCGGCAACACCACAGCCGCCACCGCCCCUAUGAUGCCCAACUCCGCCGCACCCGCGGCGAUCCCGGCCGAUGAUCGCUACGCCUUCCUCAGCUCAUUCGACACCGUCUUCUUGAUUGACGACUCCGGCAGCAUGGCGGGCCGCUCCUGGCGCGAGACGGGCAAGGCGCUCGAGACCAUCACGCCCAUCUGCACCGGACACGAUGCCGACGGAAUUGACAUUUUCUUCCUUAACCACCCGGAUAACCCCUAUCACCACAACGUCACGCUGCCGUCAACCGUCACCGAGAUCUUUACUACCGUGCGCCCCCAAGGCGGCACGCCCACUGGCCAGCGCCUCAACCAGAUCCUUAAGCCUUACCUUCAGCGCGUUACUGCUGACCAAGAUAAUACGAAGCCGCUAAACAUCAUUGUCAUCACGGACGGUGAGCCUAGCGACGAUGUCGAGAGCGUUAUCAUCAAUGCCGCGAAGAAGCUAGACAAGUGUGACGCUCCCGCAUGGCAAGUUGGCAUCCAGUUUUUCCAAGUCGGUCGCGAGCCGGGCGCGAAGGAGCAUUUGAAGCAGCUGGAUGACGAACUGGCUGAGCUGGCCGGCGAGGAGGACCUCAGGGAUAUUGUCGACACUGUGCCGUUUACAGGCCAAGACGAUGCCGAGUUGACUGCUGAAGGAAUCCUGAAGGUUGUACUAGGUGCUGUCAACCGCCGUUUGGAUCGCAAGAGAUCGAAAGACUUGCACAGGUGA